AAAUGUUUCAUGUUUUGACAGUUACCAGAGAAAGAAUAAAUGUCUCGCAAUCAAUCAUUUUGAAUGCGUUUAAUAAAUACGUUUAUAUUUUAGGCUAUUGCUAUUAUUGGUUAAAGUUUAGGCUACUAGCCUAUAUAGUCCAAUGGGAAUUCGGGAGAUCCAACGCACUUUAGGAAAUAUUGACCGAGGGCUCUAGCCUACCUUUGGACUAGCAAAUAAAAGGUAGAGUUGUCUCGCCUGUCGUUACUAGCGGUCGUUACCGACAUGUCUGACUGGACGGAUAUUCUACCGAAAUACAUGAAGAAAUAAAACGCUCCAACUAUCCACCACCGGUCUUUUUUGGACGGAGAUGGUCUCGCGCGGAAUAACGGAUUUGUGAAGCUAUGGCGCUCGGGCACGGCUCCAAAAAGUCGCGCUCCUGUGAUUUGGAGGUAGCACCUGCUCCUGUGGACCUGCCAUUGGAAUGGGUGGGGCCCGGUAAUGAAGCCUCUGUGACGUCCUCUAAGAUGUUGAGACGACCCUGCAGGUGUCUCCUAGUCUUCCUUAUUAUCGUCACCAUCAUCAUCCUCUCGGGAGGAGCAACUCUGGCAUGGUACUUCCUGGAGUACAGGGUGUGGGUACUGGAGCCCAGGGUACAGCAGCAGUAUACUGCUAGACUCUCUAUCCUCAACAGGAACUACUCCUCUGGUCUCUCCUCUCACACCAGCCCAGCCUUCACAGCCCAGGCAAAGGAAGUACAAGAUAUGGUGAGGAGGAUAGUGAAGGGCUCAGACCUAUCUCGCUACUUCAACUCCACCAAAGUCUUUGCUUUUGGGGAGGGAAGUGUGGUGGCACACUUCUGGCUGGUACUGUCAGUCCCUGGCAGCCAUGUUGGUAAGGUAACUAUGGAGCAAGUCAGCAGCUGCCUACAGAGUCUACUAGAGGCCUACAGAGGGAGCGACAGAGAGGAGACUGCUAACUAUGGAGGAUAUCUGUUGCAUCUUCCCUCUUUCUCUAUCACAGAAACAGCCCCCAAAGUUGUAAAACUUUUGAAAGCUUCAUUUGACUGCUACAGGUACCAGGUGGUCAGCUCCAGCACAGCGGUUGCUAUGAGGGGACCUAACACCCAGCGCUCGUCCUGCCUUUGGCACCUCAGGGCCCCGCAAGGCUCCAGCACCCAGAGUUUCAGACUGGAGCUGAGGAUGGAGUGGCUGCUACCGGAGUGUAGAGACAGACUGGCUGUCUAUGAUGGUUUAACACCUACUGAUACUCACCUCAUCACCUCUCUGUAUGGCUGCAGCAGACAAGAGCGUGUUGUUCAUGUGUUGUCAUCAGGAGAGUGGAUGACAGUGGUCUGGAAACAGGGUCUCUACAACUACAAAGACCCCUUCUCCCUGUCUGCACAGGCCUGGACCACUGAAGUGUGUUCCUCCAACAUAGAGCUGCAGCCAGUAUCAGGGGUACAGGGUAGUCUACGUACCCCCUUCUAUCCCAGCUACUACCCACCAGACACCAACUGUACCUGGACAUUCACUGUGCCCUCUGCAGACUAUGGACUAUCUCUGGAGUUUGAAGGUUAUGAGCUGAGAAGGGCCAACUAUAACCAGGCCUGUACACAGGGACAGUGGAUGGUACAAAAUCGCAGGUUCUGUGGUACGAGAGGUCUCCAGCCGUAUGCUGAGCGCCUCUACCUCCUCUCCACGGCAACCAGCGUUGUCAUGACGUCCGAGGUGUCAAUCACAGGGCCUGGACUCCAGGUCCACUACAGCCUCUUCAAUCAAUCAGAUCCCUGUCCUGGUCAGUUCCUGUGUACUCUAAAUGGUCUGUGUGUUCCAUCCUGUGACGGCAUCAAAGACUGCCCCAACGGACUGGACGAGAGGAACUGUGUGUGUAUAGCCCAGUACCAGUGUCCAGAGGACAGUCAGUGUGUUGACUACUUCAAGGUGUGUGACCAGCACCCAGACUGCCUUGAGGCCAUGGAUGAAGAGAACUGCACUGAGGGUGUGCAGUGUACAGACAAGACGUAUGUGUGUGCUGACGGGACGUGUCUGAAGAAGCCUAACCCAGAGUGUGACUUCAUCACCGACUGUCCUGAUGCCUCCGAUGAGAGACACUGUGACUGUGGUCUGAGGCAGUUCACCAGUCGCAUUGUGGGAGGAGUCAACGCUACUGAAGGGGAGUGGCCAUGGCAGGUCAGCCUUCAGAUCGGUGGACGUCAUGUCUGUGGGGGGGCUCUGGUCUCCAGCCAAUGGGUGGUCUCCGCUGCCCACUGUUUCUAUGACGACCGUCUCUCUCCCAGAGCGUGGACGGUCUACCUAGGUAAGUUCCUAUUGAACCGCAGCAGUCAGCUGGAGGAUGCCAUUCGGGUGCAACAGAUCCUCCUGCACCAGUACUACGAUGACGAGACACACGAUUAUGACUUGGCUUUGCUGCGACUGGAGAGACCUGCAGCUCCAGGGACCCUGACCCAGCCCGCCUGCCUGCCAUCACCUACACACCAGCAAGAACCUGAGCUGCUCUGUUGGGUCACGGGCUGGGGGGCGCUACGUGAAGGAGGCACUCCCAGUAACGUGCUGCAGAAGGUGGACGUGCGUCUGGUGAGCGAGGAGGCCUGCUUCCGUUCCUACGGUUACAUGGUCACUCCCAGGAUGUUGUGCGCCGGCUACCGCAGCGGAGAGAAGGAUGCCUGUCAGGGUGACUCGGGCGGUCCGUUGGUCUGCCAGGAAAACUCGGGUCGUUGGUUCCUAGCGGGCGUGGUCAGCUGGGGAAAGGGGUGUGGCCGGGCCGACUACUACGGCGUCUACACCCGCGUCACCAAACUCACCGGCUGGAUCAAAGAACACAUCUCUGGACCUGGCUGACCUUCAUCAUUCUCACCAUCAUCAUCAUCCCAAAACAUUGUUAUCGUGUAGUAAUUGUUGUGAUCUAUUCUCUGUGUCAGUCCUUAGUACAUUUUGUCCAUCAGGGUUUUAACAGUGUCAUUGACCUUCUGGCAGUCUGGCACCAAAGUUCAUCAACCUAACAAGCAGACUUUCUGGCUCCUCUGGGCAAAUACACACUCUGCAGUAUUGGGCUCUACAUCCAACACUGCCACCUAGUGGAAGCUGUUAGAAUUACAACAUAAUUAAGUACUACCAUACCAACGCAAUUCAAAUCUGGACCUUAAAGCUCCACUGUUUUUGUUCAUUCGUCCCCUAAUCAGGGACUGAUUUACACCUGGGACACCAGGUGUGUGCAAUCAAUUAUCAGGUAUAACAGAAAACCAGCAGUACUCUGGACCUCGUUGGGUCAGAUUUGAAUGCACCUGCAAUCGGCCUUGAUUCCUUCAUCGAAUGUUUGUCUGUUUAUAUACUGCUGUGGAUUGGAAUAUGGGUUAUGCACAGAUCAUUUCAGUCAGUGCACUACACUUGAAAUGCUGAUUGCUUUCAGUUUAUUUCAUUACAUGAUCUAAGGUUUCUGAUGAAAGCGAUUGAAGGCCGAAACGUCCAUCUUUAUAAUGGUGAGCGUGAGUUGCGCCGUUUCCUUUUCAAUUACAGGAUGUUCCUCAUUGAAAAUUAGAGCUUGUAAACCUUUCAGAACAUGAGGGAAUCCUAACUGGCCCCCUAUUCCCUCUGGGCUCUGGUUUAAAGUAGUGCACUAUAAUGUGAAUAGGGCACCAUUUGGAACGCCAACCAUGAGGGUGGGAGUCAUCAUGAGGUUUCAUCAAUAAACCAGUAGAACUGAAAGGGUAUCAUUGGAGUGUUAAAUUAGAACGGGAUAUGUUUCUGAGUUAGGUCUGGUACCCAGAGAGAGUCUAGUAUAUUACAGACAGAAAACACACAUACACCAGUGGAGGCUGUUGAGGGAAGGACGGCUCAUAAUAAAGGAGUCAAUGGAAUGGUAUGAGCCACAUGGAAACCACGUGUUUGAUACCAUUCCACUGACUCCAUUCCAACCAUUAUUAUGAACCGUCCUCCCCUCAGCAGCCUCCACUGAUACACACACAGACACACACACACACACACAUAUAUACAAACACCACCAUAACAAGAGGUAAACAAGAGCUGCAGGACUCAUUAAUUAAUAACGAUGAGUAUUAUUAGAGAGAGAGAGAGAACACCUCAGGCUGGUAUUGCCACUGUAUUGCAGUAUGGCACUGCUGUCUGGCACUGUGUGUGUGUGUGUGUGUGCCCCUCAGUAAAGCGUUGGGUGGGGUCAGAGAUAGUUGUGGUUGCCUAGUCUGUAAUUACAGCUAUAUAGCUGGAGCCAGUCUGUGCAUGUGUGUGUGUGUGUGUGCAUGUGCGAGUGAUAGUGUGUGUGUGUGCGUGUGUGUGUGUGUGUGUGUGUGCCAUUCUGUCUCAUAGUGUAAAAACAAACUUCACUCUUUCAAAAAAUGUCUUUAAUACACAAAAACGUAUAGAAUAUACUGUAUAGAAUAUAAACAUCAAUAGUAUUCAUGUAUAAGACAAAUAGCACAUGUACAUAUAAACAUACAAUUUAGCACCCAUCGAUGUAGUUUUUUUAAGCACCAAUUUACUGACAUCAUUCCUUGAGAUUAUAAAAGUUUACUAGCGUUAGUCUGAUCAAUCAAUCAAUCAAUCAAUCAAAAAUCGAAAUAGUUAUAUUCCUAAUUGUGCCUAUAUUCUAAUUACCCAUAAUUCAUUAAGAAGCUCCUCGACUCCCUCUUGUUAAUGACCCUGUUUUAGUCCAGAUAGAAGUCGCCCUUAGGUACAGAUCUAGGAUCAGUUUUCCCUCACCCAAUCCUAUCCGUAAUCAUCAUUAGGAAGGACAAUGCAACAACGUCUCCUCUUGAACUAGCCCCCUGCUGACAUCACAAAUUCAAGUCAUUAUCCAGUCAUUAGGUAGAAUAGUCUAUGUAAUAUUAUGUCAAAUAGGGGGCGCUUAUAUUGGUCCUGUUUCACACAUGUACAAGUGUGGUGGCCAGUGGGAAUGUGUUUCUUACUUAUUCCACUCCUCCUGAGACCCUCUCAGACAGUGGGGUUACAGACAGGGAUCCGACAUGAUUGGGGUUGAGACCCUCUCAGACAGUGGGGUUACAGACAGGGAUCCGACAUGAUUGGGGUUGAGACCCUCUCAGACAGUGGGGUUACAGACAGGGAUCCGACAUGAUUGGGGUUGAGACCCUCUCAGACAGUGGGGUUACAGACAGGGAUCCGACAUGGUUGGGGUUGAGACCCUCUCAGACAGUGGGGUUACAGACAGGGAUCUGACAUGGUUGGGGUUGAGACCCUCUCAGACAGUGGGGUUACAGACAGGGAUCCGACAUGAUUAGAGGCAACCCUGGAGCAAUUAGGGGUUGAGAGCCUCUCAACGGCAGAUCAACAGAUUCAAACUAACAACCUUUUGGUUACCGGCCUAACGUUCUAACCUCUACCUGCCACCCUAAAAAUCACUCUGUAACUCUAUCUAUUAAAGCUUCUACAAGGGAACAGAGAGAGAGAGAGAGAAGAGGGAGAGAGAGAGAAGAGGGAGAGGAUUGAGAAAAAGAGAGAGAUUAUUUUGGAAUUUGUGAGUGUAAUAUUUACUGUUCACUUUUUAUUGUUAAUUUCACUUUUGUUUAUGCAUUUUACUUGCUUUGACAAUGUAAACAUGUCUCCCAUGCUAAUAAAGCCCCUUGAAUUGAA